UUAUUUUAUUCGUCAUAAAUUCGCUGCCAUUUUUCACUGUAGUUUUGCCGGGAAGGAACAUGUCUUUGGGUGGAAUAAUGUCACCUUCAAACACAAGCAACUCUCUUCGUGGUUUUCCUUCUUGUCAAAAUUGCACAUCGACUCCCUCUUCAGAGUCCCGGCCUCUUCAUCCCAUCCUGCCUACCAGCGACGUUACUGAUACCCUCUUCGUCCAUCCUUACCGACAGGAAGAACUCAGACAUUACCAGCAAAGUUCACUGGACUCAAACGACUAUCCUGGCAACAUUUGGCUGCCUCGAGCAUCGCAGGACGAGACUGCGUUACAACUUGACAGCGAGCAAACCAGUCGCAAUGAGAACACGCAACCGUCGCUGGUCAUUUCCAGCUGCAUUUCAAGGGAGGGAUCACCUGUUUUUUCUUGCCCAAGUCCCAUCACCGCGCCUUCCUUACCAACACCGUCUCCGACUCGAUAUCUAUCAGUUUCGCCUUCAGCUACAUCGCUCAGUAGUUCACGGCAGAGCAUUUUUUUACCGACUGGUGUAGUACGAUCUGCUUCAGCGUACACGUACCCUACUCUACAUCUCCCAAUCCCGCCGCGAUCUCCUGGAUUAUCGCCAGUAACCAGAGUAUCUUUUUCCACGGACCCUGGCAGCAGCUUCGGAUCUUCUGUAUCCACGCCAUACGGCGGUUCACAAGCGGCAGACGAAGUUGGCAGUGCUUUUACAUCCAGCGAGGUGCGCGUGGAUCUCACGAACCAAAACGCCCACUACGGAGAACCCUUUCUUCGGCAGACGGGAGCUUCAGGAGAACCCUUUCUUCGGCAGGCGGGAGCUUCAGGCGAACCCUAUCGACUGCAGGCGGGAGCUUCAGGCCUUCUGGUCUCACUGACCAGCUUGACCCAGGUGCCCGCACCACCGGUGUACUCGCCGCCGCCAUCUUACGAUCAGCUGUGUGAUCCUAACGCCCUCCCGACGUACGACGAGGCGACACGUCACAGCUCAGGGGGGAAGAGACGAGGGGGCGACGUGUUCACCCUGCCCCCCGUACCCCCGGGGGCUUCGCCCCCUCCUCACCCCGACACACACGCCCCCCUUGCACCCAUCACACCGAGUCAACUUAUACAGCUGGACGGCGACGAGACGAGAGGAAGAGACCGGUUGGCGUCACUUGUCGAAGACUUGGCGAACUCUGAGGGCGGCUACUCCACCAUCCUGGACGCCAUCCCACACGAGCCUGCCCUCCACACUGCCCCUCCCGUCCCCGUCAGGUUCGUGGCGAGAUGUUCGCUGGAGAGACUCAGGCCUCCUGAGGUGCGGCUGCCGUGUCUGCUCACGUCAGCGUGCAACAAGGAGCUUGUUAGGCAGGAACUCAACCGACGUUGGCCUUUCAUCGUGAGUGCCCAAGAAGACGACCGAUGCCCAGGCCUUAUUUUGGUUGAAUGUUCGUCGAACCUGACGAUAGCGCGACUUCCAGACGCAGAAUAUCGUCUCAAUUCACCGCUGGAGACCAUCGAUUCCAGUCAAUACAGAGACAUGGCUACUAGAAUCAAUGUUGACGGAAGAAGUCCGUCACGAGAUGGCAGGUUUAUUUUCCCAAGUGUUAACGAAAUGCAUUUAGGGGAAGAAAGAAGAUUUUCAACCGGCACUCGACGAUCGUCAAACGAGCGGCCCGGAUCACAGUCGUCUGAGCGAAGGUCCUCUACCGGCGGUCCGCUUGUUUUGGACGUUAGCAGAAGAACAUCGGUGGAUGGCAGACGAUUCUCAGAAGAGAGGACGAAUGCCGAUGAGCUUGGAAGCGUUAAUUCUCCGCUUUUGUUGGAACACACGAGAGCUCACAAUGCCGACCCUACUGCACACAGUCUAUGGAGAUUUCGAUUGAGAAGUAAUUCGAGUGAACAGGAUGCGUCAAGUGAAGGGAUCCCUCAUCUUCAACGCGACAUAAGCGAUGUCACCACAGCAGAUUCCAUCAAUUGCGAAACUGAAGAUUAUUUUAGAUCUUCAACUGCCAGAACAGCAACGACCAGCGUAACGUGGCAGGAUGAAUGCAAUAACCGAAUGAACUUAUCCUCUCUUCUGACAUACCACGACAAUCUUCAUCGCAGCUCCCUCGAUGAAUCUUUUGCAGAAGAUCCAGCUCAACCCGGUGCCUUCAGCUUCUCUUCAGCCAGUUUCAGAAAUCAAAGACCAAGUCUGGCGAUGACACAUUUUAACAGUAAUGCUUCAAGCAGAAGAAACAUAAAUGUUGAUGCAAGCGAUGAAACAAUCCAAAAUAGCCCUGACAUAACAUCUUUAAGCAACGCUGUACCGACGACAGACAACGCAGUCGACAACAAUCUCGGCACGAUCUCGACUGAAAAUCUAACUACUUACCACAACGUACCAAGUUCCUCAGGUCCAUCGAACUGUGUUAGGCCACAAAACCCUGCAGUAUCCAGAGGUUCUGCCAAUCGUCCCAUAAUUACUUGCUCACGCAGCAACCCUUUCGCUCACCUCUCUACCACCAUCAUGGGAUCAGUACCUAGUGGGGUAAUAGCUGGCGGACUUGCAGGGAGUCUUGCAGGCCUUGGAGUUCUCGACACUUCAGACUUGAACAACCACGUGCUCUUUUACCUGUGCGGUCGAUGCGUGUCUUUCGAUUCUUUCGAUGCAGAUUCAGUGAAGGUUCAUCUCGACCUAGAGUGUCCAGGCAUGCGUGGAAAGUGGGCACGAACGUCUGAACUUUACUUAGCGCUGCGAGCUGCAUUUCUCGUGGCUUUGGUGCUUAUCGCGUUUCCAUAUUUCAUAAUUAACAGCAUUUAAAAGAUCACAUUUCAGACUAGUAUUGUGGUUUGAUUAAUAUAUUAAGUUUUCGGAGGGACUUCGUCUAUCAAAAAUGUUAUGGCUAACUUUGAAAAUAUUUGAUGACUCGUUUCGAACAUUUUGUGACAAACAUUGACUGAUCGUUCUUACUUGAAACGCAAAAAUUAAAAAAAAUGUAUUCACGUUUGUAUUAAUAACGUUUCCAAAGAAAUUUUUGAAUCAUUAGCCUGAAGUUGUCUGUGAUAAUUCAAGUACUAAUGAAAAUAUUUCAAAAAGUCAGGGUUUCACACUGCGUCGUUUCAAUUUUCAAUCCCUUUCACUCCUUUCGACAAGCCAAACGUAAAUUUGUCAAAUAUAUGCCAAAAAUUAACUUUUGUACAAUGCAUGUGUGACCGGAGUGACUGAGUGAAACAUUCUAGAGCUUCCUUGAUAAAAUUGCGUGGUGCAUUUCUAUGUGCUGUUUCUACGUGACUCUGUAUCAAAUGACAAAUAUCAAAUCCUUUUGGAUUGCUAUC